AAAAUAUAUGUUUCACUGAAAUUAUGUAAUUUUCCCAGAAUCAGAGUUAAACGAGUUUGUACAAUAAUAGAUAUUGUACAUUUUACAAGCAUUUAUAGAAAGACCUAUGAAUGGCUGUGACAAUUACGCACAUUAUCUAUGGACCAAAACUAUUAAAACUUUACAAUGAAAAUAAAAUUAUGCAGUUAAUACGCUGUAGCUAGUUACUGCAAUAGACCUGUCUGUCGUAAAUCUUAGAUUAUUUCUUCCUCACAUAUGUUUAAGUUUAAUUUUACCUAAAUUUCAAGGAAGAAACGAGUAGAAGAUAGAUGUCAUGCUGGGAGUGUGAACAAGUAAUAAGAAGCAUUUAAAUAAGAGAAACAAAACAAAAUCCCUCACUGACUUAUCCAGGUGCCUAUAGAAACCCAUACCAUUUUCUGCAAAACAGCAGUCUGUUACACUUAAGUCAAACAAGAGCCACCCAUACACUUCUAUAAGGGAAAAGCAAAAUCUGGAGAAAAGUAUACCAGAACUAGUCUCAGGGUAAUAACUACUGUAUUAACCAAUUAUCAAACACACUAACACCAAGAAUCAGAGAAUGAUGCAGAAAUAACUAAUAUAAAAUUACAGAUAUUCUUAAAUCUGCACUAGGGCUGGACUUGCUAUUUACCAGCUUAAUUCCAUUAUUCAAACCACAAAACUCCCACUCCAGACUUGACUUCCAAUGCUGAAUGCACUUUUUCCACCUCUCAACACAUGGUACAUCCUUUAUAGGUUUCUAAGAAUCAGAACACCAUACAUCAGUCAGAAAUCACCCGUCUUUCCUACUGCCUGUGCAACCACAGCAAACACAGGCUUAAUAUACUCUCUGGAUGCUAAUUUCUUCCUUAAACGUCUACUGAGCUUCCUGGAACAACAGUGGUUACAGAAAUGGACACUUUCACAGUUUCUCAGACAAGCAAUUCCACUUGUGAUUUAUAUGAGCACAAAGAUACUGCACGGAUACUACUGUCUGUCUUCUACAGCUCCAUCUUAAUUCUUGGGGUGCUUGGAAAUGCCAUUGCCCUCACUGUCAUUUUUAAAAACAGAAAGAAGAUCAACUCUACAACCCUCUAUUCAACAAACCUUGUCUUCUCUGAUCUCCUGUUCUGCAUUGCCUUGCCCACAAGGAUAGCCUACUACGCCCUGGGAUUUCACUGGCCAUUUGGAGAAGCAUUAUGUCGAAUAACUGCUCUCUUGUUCUACGUCAACACCUAUGCAGGUGUAAACUUUAUGACAUGUUUGAGCAUUGACAGGUUUUUUGCUGUUGUCCACCCCUUCCGAUACAAGAUCAGAAGGAUUAAAUAUGCCAAGGGCAUUUGUGUCUUUAUCUGGUUUCUUGUAUUUAGUCAAACUUUCCCAUUACUGAUACAACCCAUGUCACAGGAAGAAAAAGGAAGGACUACGUGCAUGGAAUACCCAAACUUUGAAAAAAUAGCACAUCUACCAUUUAUACUUCUUGCUGCCUGUUUAGUAGGGUACCUUAUUCCCCUGGGGAUUAUACUAUUCUGUUACUCUCAGAUUAGCUGCAAACUGUUUCAAACGGCCAAAGAAAAUCCACUGACUGAAAAAUCAGGGAUAAACAAAAAAGCCAUCAAUACAAUCAUAUUUGUAAUUAUAGUGUUCAUCAUCUGCUUUACCCCUUAUCAUGUUGCAAUCAUACAACACAUGAUUAAGAAGCUUCAGAAAGAACCCUCGUGCACUGAAAAUAAAAUUUUCCAGAAGUCACUCCAUUAUACCGUGUUUCUGAUGAAUUUUAACUGCUGCCUAGAUCCUUUCAUCUAUUUCUUUGCAUGCAAAGGAUACAAGAGAACUGUACUGAAAAUACUGAGACAGCAAGUAAGUGUAUCAAUUUCAAGUGCUGUCAGGUCACAUCAUGAAGAAAGUUCACGUGACAUGGGAGAAACGCAAAUGAUGGUACUUGCAAAAUCUUCCAAUGGAAAGCUACCUGAAAAAUAAAGUCUGUACUGCAGAGGAGCAAGCUUAAAAUAACAGGGUAAAACCCACUGUCAAAACUGUUAGUGCUCCCUCUACAGCAGCUUAAGUAAGAUUCUGUUUCUCAGGAUGUCAGGAAAUCAAGGAGUGACACUGGACUGAGAAAGAAUUGUCACAGGACAGCAGGGAAACUCAGCAUUAUAAUUUCCUAGCUGUAUCAUUUUGACUGAUCUCAUUUUUUCCAGGAAAUAUGCACUCCUGUGAAUGCUCAAAUUCCAUACCGCACAUACGUAUGUCUGGAUGUUACUAACUCAAGCAAAGACUCAAUUCACACUUUGGAUGUCUGAGAAUGGUUUGAACACAAAUAGCUUACAAUUCAGACUGACUACAACCAGAUCACCUGAAAAUUGCAAGAGCUCUACCUGAGCUCCACUUACAGCAGUGGUUUUGUUAUCCAAGUCACGUAACCAAAGGAAACCAAACUUUGAGAUAAAAUGGACAAUUUCUGUGUAUGUUUGACUAUCACAAAUGCUUAAUUUGGAGGUGACACUGAUCUUCUAGUAUCUGGAGCACUGUCUUACUGGACAAUUCACACAGAUAACAUUGUCAGAUGUAAUACAUGAAAAAUUAAUGAGCUAUUUGGUUUUCCCCAACACUGAAUAUCUCCCAUAUGUUAAAUCACUCAUCUUUGCAAGGUGUAUUAUCUCUUUAUUCCUUUUCCUUAAGGAGAACAUUUCUUUUAGUAUGUAUUAUAAAAAGUCUCUACUCUGGUUGUAUAUAAGUUAUUUAUAAUCACAAAAGGUAAAUUGAAGCAAGAGACUGAACUAUGAAAACUGCUGUUUCAGUUAAAAGAGCAGUGAUAAAGGGCUCUUCAGAACUUCUACUCAAGUCAGACACGGACACAAGACAAACGUUUUAGAAACAGAAAUAAAUGUUCAGUUGAAGCCAACAAAAAGUAAAUGAAUGUGUUAAUUCUGAUGAUGUGAGAUGGUCACCUCUCAAUAAAUGAGAAUAGCAGGGACUAGCUGGGAAAGAACAAGCUUUCUCAUCACUCCUUCAUACAGCAUAUAUGGGAUCCCUCUGGGCACACUGAAAUUGGGCCAAGAAAGACACCAAAUGAUUUAAACAUAUCCUGCUGAAAUAGCCUCAAUACAGGUUGAGUAUCCAGGAUGCAAGCCCUGGGUUCCUGCUAUCGUGCCCUUCCGUCACGUCUCCGUUUCCUUCCCUGCUUUAUUGCUGGCCCUCUUGUCUUUUCUUUUGAUUUCUAUCUUUAUUGAAUAUGCCUUCACCUGCCAACACGACUUGGUAAUUGCACCAUGAGGUUGUGAUGGAAAAGGAAAAUUAAAGAGUGCCUGGUAAUUACUGCUAAAAGCUCUGCCAGAUGUCAGAAUAAACGUUAUUUAUUGCAGCUGUAUCUCUCUGGCAUUAAGGCUGUACUGGAAGUCAAACAAACACAGUUACAUUUGUCAUCUUUGUGACUCCUUCCUUCCUCACGUGUUGACCUCCGCCUACCUGCAAACAUGGAAGGGUCAUAUCUGAACAGCAGUAAGGAAACAUUCAAUUAACAAUUACUUUCUUAUGGGAAAGAAAAUGCAAAAGACCCUAUAUUUCAUGCCACUUUGUCAAAAUCGAGUUUCUAGUUAAAAAAAGACACUAUGAAGCUACAGGUAAACAAUUUUUAACAGGAGUUAAUUCUGUAUGCUAUAUCAGUUCUGUUCUUGCCAGCUUUUUUAAUAAACUAUUUUUAAAUAUUAUCUAAGAAUUUGUUCCUACCAGACUAAGCAAAUGAUAACCCGAUAAAGCCAAAGAUAGAUCCUUCAUUAAUACCUAGAAGCUGUAAAAAUAAAAAUACAUGUAUAAUUAACAUCACAA